GAGAGAUCAGUAGUCAAUUGUCGCUUUCGUAUAUCAGUAUCGUAUUAGUAUUUUUUUAUUAUUAUAAAACUAUAAACAUAAUAAAAAUUAAAAAUACAUUGAUAAGAGUCACCCCUAAAAAUUAAGAAAAAAUGACCAGCAAUCAUAUGGUGGAAUGUAUGAAAAAAGAUGGAGUGGUUGAUAUACUACGGCCACUCAAUGAUGAAGAGUUUUGUGAGUUAUUGGAAUUAUAUAGAGAGAAAUACAAAUCAAAUGGGUUUCAGUACUUACUCCUAUUCACACAAUACCAAUGGAAUAGACAAUUACAUGUGCUGAAUAUUGACAAGAAAAAUCAUGUAUGGAUUUCGUUUCGAAAAACAUUCUACACACAUAAUACUGGGGAUUUUCGUAAAUAUGGAACUUAUGUGUGUUUACAUCAAGAUUUGAUUCAAAGUGUCGCAUUUCAUACUUGGGAACCGAAGUGCAAUGAAUUGAUAGAAUGUUUAAGUAAAACGAACUUAAUACAAUGGAAAAAUGGUCCUCUACUUAUAAGUGUUGCAAAUGAAUACCGCGAAGCUAUAAAUGAUAUCAUCUUAUCAAAAGGAGGUUCAAUACAAAAAGCUCGACAAUGUCAAGGUUUAAUUUUAAAUUACGACAAGGCUUUAAACCUGAAAGUACCCAGCCUUCCCGAGGGCUACAAUGAAACCCCAGUGCAGGAGAAGCAUGCCGAUUUAAUUCACUCUCUUUGGGCAAAUAAUAAAGAAGCUUCAUUGAACUACAUUAAAGGUUUUAUCAAUUUGAAAAGGUGUAUUGGUGUUAUGGAAGAAUCCACAAAUAGUCUGAUUGGUUGGAUUUUUCAUAAUGAAUUCUCUGGUUUAGGAAUACUUCAAGUUUUGCCAUCAGCUCAGCGAAAGGGUCUUGGUCAAUAUUUGGCAAUCUCUAUGAGCAAAUUAAUAGCUACAUCGUCGAAAGUUCAUUCAUCAGCUUUUGUUGUUGUUGGAAAUAUAAAAUCUGAAUAUUUACUAGAAAAAAUCGGCUAUGAAAAGUUUGCAGUUUACGAAUGGAUUCAAUUAAAUAAAAUUAAUUCAAAUUAAAAAAAUUAAAUAAAAAGCUCAACUACCGUUACCGCUAAAAUUCCGUUAUCGAUAUAAUCGUAAAUACCGUUACCGUUAUUAUAUAACUAAUUUAAAUUAUAAAAAUACAUUUUUUUGUUUAAAUAAUUGAGUUUAUUGCAAUCUACACAAAUUUUAAAUACGUAUGUAUAAUAAAACACAAACCACCUUUG